UAUUUCAUAUAAUACUGAGUACAAAAAAUGGAGAUAGCAGUUAUCAGUGGAUUGAACAUUGGAACAAAUCUAAGCAAGAGUCAUAUCUUAAUCAUCGGACAAGUGAACUUACAGAAGACCAUCGUAAAAGUGGAAAUGUCCUUGACCAAAUGUCCUUUCACAAUAUACGUCAGGUUAUUUCUAUUGUGGAAAACACACACCAAGGAAGUUGUGUCCACUCUUUUCAGCAGUCUUCAAAUUACAGUGGACAAGAUAAUAUUCAUCCUGGGGAGGAGACUUACAAAUGGAAUCCUUGUGGUAGCAUCUCCAGUCAAAUAUACAAUAUAAAUGGACAGGAAAAAAUCUAUAGUGGAGAAAAACCGUAUAUAUGUAAAGAUUCUGGUAACACAUCUAAUUGGCCUUCAGGUUGUACUCUAAAUCAGAGAACUCAUAUUGGAGAGAAGCCUUACAAAUGUAAAACAUGUGGCAAAGACUUUAAAUGUUAUUCAUCUCUUAUUGUACAUAAGGGAAGAAUUCAUGCCAAUGCAAAAUUUUACAAACUCAGGGAAAAUGGAAAAGGCUUUAGUCAGUCCUCAAGAAAUACUCAACAUCAUAGAAAUAAUAGGGAUGAAAAGACGUAUAACUGUUCAGAAUGUGGCAAAGCCUUUAGCCUACCCUCCACCCUUAUUCUUCAUCAGAGAAUGCACACUGGAGAGAAACCUUAUAAAUGUAGAGAAUGUGGUAAAGCAUUCCGCCAAGCCUCAAACAUGAAUCGACAUCAGAAAGUUCAUACUGGAGAGAAACCUUACAAAUGUAGAGAAUGUGGCAAAGCCUUUAGUAAGUCCUCCAACCUUAAUCGUCAUCAGCGUAUUCAUACUGGAGAGAAGCCUUACAAAUGCACAGAAUGUGGCAAAGCAUUCAUUGAGUCCACAAAACUUAAACAACAUCAAACAAUUCAUACUGGAGAGAAGCCUUAUAAAUGUAUAGAAUGUGACAAAGCCUUUAGACAGUCCUGAACACUUACUUUGCAUCAGAGCGUUCAUAGUGGAGAGAAGCUGUAUAAAUGUAGAGAAUGUGGCAAAGGAUUUA